UCUGUAUGACAAGUGCUCUCCAUCCUUCACUUUCAACUGCGUUGUCCUCCAUUUGUGAUUUUAAGAAAAAUGUCCUUACUUUAAUCAUUCUUUCAACUAAACAUUUUGAAAUAUAAGUAAUGGACAACAACUACGAUAGUCCCGAGGAGGGUGAAUAUGUCUACAAGAACUCAAAGCUAAGCAAUGUUUUGCCACUAUGGGGAAAUGAAAGAUCAAUGAAUUUGAAUCCACUAAUUUUAACUAACAUACAAAGUUCUCAUUACUUUAAGGUCAAUUUGUACGAGUUGAAGACCUAUCACGAGGUGAUAGAUGAAAUUUACUACAAAGUUACACAUCUCGAACCUUGGGAGAAGGGAUCUAGACGAACAUCUGGGCAAACAGGAAUGUGUGGAGGUGUACGCGGUGUCGGUGCAGGAGGAAUUGUAUCUACUGCGUAUUGUUUACUGUACAAACUAUUCACACUGAAAUUAACACGAAAACAGUUAAACGGAUUGAUCACUCACUGUGAUUCCCCCUAUAUAAGAGCUUUGGGAUUUAUGUACAUCAGAUACACACAACCUCCGACCUCGUUACUGGAUUGGUACGAGCCUUACCUUGACGAUGAAGAGGAAAUGGAUGUGAAAGCGGGAGGUGGUCAAAUUAUGCGUUUAGGACUCAUACUGCGUCAGUGGCUGAUGAAAUUGGAAUGGUUCUCAACGCUCUUUCCACGUAUCCCGGUCCCAAUUCAACAAAAAAUACAAAAACACUUGGAGGAACGAUUUCCGCCCACUACCAAUCCACUUAAUGCAGCUGCCAGUGGUCCUAGCACAGGAAAUGAUCGAGAAGAUCGCAAAUGGGAUCGUAAAGGUGGGCGAGAUUGGGGUAAAGAGCGAGAUAGGGAGUGGCGAGAAGAUCACACCAGAGAUUAUUUAAGAGAUGAUCGAGACCGUGAAAACUCAGCAAGACUUUACGAGCGCGAUAGAAGGGAAAAGGACAGAGAUAGGAGUCGAGAUGAAAGGGAUGAUCGAAGAAACCGUGAGAAAAGCCCCCAAAGAGGAGCUCGUGAACGAAGUCCUCGUCGUGAGAGGCACCACCAUUCUAACCGAGAUAAAGAGCAUAGACAUAGACAUAAACACAGAUAGAAACUUUUUUCUCCAAACUUUGAAUUUACUUUUUGUGAAUAUAUGUUACUUUACCAUUACACGGUUAAUUCAG